GCCGAAGUGUGACACGCACGGCGUUAAUGGGUUGGCUUGGCGAGAAGGCAAAACGAGAACGUCUAUGUUGUUAUUCUGCUUCUCUAACCGAAAAACCUCAGGUGAUCUAGCGUCAUCUGAUAUUACGUCAUCGUGUGCAAUGAACCGUCAUAACAACAAAAGUGUGUCAGCUGUUUUGUUGAAUUUGUGUUGUAGAUUUUGACGUUUUCUUUUAGUCUUCCUUUUCCAAAUUAUCUACAUACGAAGUGUGGAAGUCGGGUGCAUAUAAAAUUCUAAAUUUGUUUCAAAAGUUUGAAUUUUAGUGUCAAAAUGCAACGAAAUGUGUUAAAAUAUACACUGUUUAUAAUGGUAACUUUUACAAACACGUUUCGUGUGUACGGGGAGGCUAAUGGUGGCGAAAAUAAAGACACUCAAUCAGAAUAUUGUUGGCAAACCGAGAGUUUCACGAUCGAUGUUGCUUGCCAUAUUUGUUCAUCCCAUGAAACAAGUUUACACCCAGCUUGUUUGUUCACUGGUUAUAUUGAACAAGUGAAAUGUGAAACAUCAGGUGUUUCAAUCAAAAGUUGUCCCAUGGACAUGGAGAGAGAAACAAAAAUAUUCUGGCAAUUCGAAGGAGUUGUCAUCGUGCUUAGUUUGAUAUCAGGUCUCGUUGUUAUGCAGCGAAUGCGGAAAUUAAAUCAGGAAAAUAUUGAACGAAUCCAACGACAGAUCUCAUCGCUGUAAUACCAAUGUUAAUGGAGACGAUGAAAUUCAAAUAAAUAUGGAAGUUUCCAUAUUCCAUGAGGGAUUGAGGGCUAACCAAGUGUUGGUUAAGUUAUGAACAAUUGCAUUUAAAAACUAAACUGAAAUGCAUUUAGCUGCCAAAGUAGUUUAUCUGAGUUCAAAGGUCUUUUAAAAGGCACUUAUUAAUAAACAUCUAAUGUUGCAUAAUAUUUGGGGUAAGCAUUUAUAAUCUGGUGAAUAUUUGAAUUAUAUUUUUGAUAUUAACAUCAAUAAGGUAUAGUUAGUUUUGAAAUUUGUCUUGCACAUGUUUUGACCAACUACCUACCAUAAGAAACUGUUUCAUUUGCCACUUGUGUCAAGUGAUAUUGUCCAAUAGAAAACUUAAAAAACUUAGCAUGUUAUUUUUUAUCUUUCAAGUCAUGUUUUUGAUAUUGUUGCAUAACUCUAAUUUUACGCAUUUAAUCAAAUGUUUUUACAUUAAAUUAAAAAUAUUUUAUUAAACAUCGAUUUUUCAGGAGGCGUAUAGAAGUGCUAAUAGUUUAAAAAGUAAAAACAAAUACGCUGAAAAUAAUAACUUGUUUAACGAGCUUAAAUAAUUAAAAAGUUCGUUACGAAAAUCAUAAUUAACAAAACGUUUCUGCUCCAAAUUUUCGCUGACUCAGCAGUUUUCUAUCUGCAUUUCUAAACUACUUCACUCUAAGCCACUGUCAAGCUUCUGUUGUUGGUUGGUGGAAGUUUUAACGUGUUGUGUGUAUGUUGACCAUACGUGUGACCAAUGGAGUAUUUAUAUCCUGAAAAUAAAAUAAGUUUAAAUCCACA